AUGGAUGAAAGCGUGCGGUUAUUUAUGGAAGUGACUAAGGUGACAAAUGAAAAGGAGGCAAAGGAAAUAAUAAAAACAUGUCAAGGGAAUUUAGAAGAAGCAAUAAGUACGUACCUUAGCAAAGUGGAUUUCCAGAAUUUAGAUGAGGUAUCCACUCCAAUGGGUUUUCCAGAAGAUAGCCAAGGCAGUGUAAGACAGAGGAGAGCACAGGAAGAAGGAUGCAAAGAUAAUAUUUGUGAAAGGAGUGGUGAGAAGAUAGAAAGGACAAAUUUCUUGUAUAUCCUUAAUCAUAUAGGGAGAAUAAUAUGUCCUUUUUUUAAAAAUAUUUGUAAUAUCAUUACUACUUGUUUUAAAUUGUUGAGUACAUAUAUUUUAAGUUCAGAUAAAGAAAAUACUUUCACGAUGUAUUAUGAAAAUAUGUAUGGUGAAAAACAUGUAAAUUUUUUCAAAGGGACUUUAAGUGAAGCAAUAAAUAAAUCAAAAAAAGAGGAAAAAUUAUUAUUGGUUUAUUUACAUAUAGAAAAUAAUGAAAGCUCUUAUUUUUGUAAUUCAGUUUUUAAUAAUGAGGAUAUAAAAUUAUUUUUUGAUGAAAAUUGCAUUUUAUAUGCACAGGAUAUAUCAACAGGUGAUAUAAAAGAGUUAAGUGAUAUUAUGAAUGUUUUUAUCCUUCCACAAAUUAGUAUUAUAUUAACAUGUUAUGUAAAAGAAUAUAAAGAAUUGUCCAUCAUUUAUGGUACACCAGAUAUUAGUCAUAUUAUUAAUUGUGUUACUCAUUGUAUUGAACAAAUGCAAAUGAAAAAAGAAAAUAUAAAUAAUUUGAAAAAUAAAAAUUAUAAUGAUAGACUUAUUAGAGAAGAACAAGAUAGGGAGUAUCAAGAAGCAUUGAGAAAAGAUAAAUUAAAAGAAGAGGAGAAGAAAAAAAAAGAAAACGAAAAAUUCAACAAAUUGGAGUUGAAAAAAGAUAUAAAGAAAAAGAGACAAGAAAAAAUUAACAAAUUUCCCUUACCCAUUAAGGAAAACGAACAAGUUACAAAAAUAUGUAUACGCUUGCCGAACGGCAUUAAAAUUCAAAAUAAUUUUAGUGUCAAUCACACCCUAGAGGAUGUGUACGACUGGGCAGAGUGUUAUGAGUUCUUGGCGGAUAGAAAUAGUAGUACCAGCAAUACCAACAGGAAUAGCAGUAGUAACAACAACAAUAACAGCAAUAGCAGUUGUAACAACAACAAUAACAGCAAUAGCAGUUGUAACAACAACAAUAAUAGCAAUAGCAGUUGUAACAACAACAAUAAUAGCAGCUGCAAUACCAUUGGCGGUAAUAACAAUGUUAGUAUUCCCUACAAAUUCGAGCUCAUCUGUGGUCAUACCAAAUCAGUGCUACAGAAAACCAAAAAUAAAAUAAAAGAGUAUGAUUUGUACCCUAACGCAGUUCUUAACAUGAAGUCAAAAGACUCAUCAGAUGAGGAGUGA